CAUGUGCACGUUCACUGCUUCCUACCUACAGUCAGGACAGCUGCUUUUGUCAUCAAACUGGGGAUAUUUUUGUGUUAACAGAGCAAACAUCUGGAUGUGACACCUGGACAUAAUCUGCAAGGUUGAUUUUUGUUGUAGCUUGAUGUCUCUCCUUUGGCUGAUGCUGGUUUUCUCAGCUCAUCUGGCUGAAUGUGUGCCGGAGAAGCCGAAGAGAUCAGCCCUGAACCAGCUGACCAGAACCCUGCUGAGGAAGUACGACUGCGGAGUCCGUCCGGUUCACAACUGGACAAGUACGACCACCGUCUACAUAGACCUGAUCCUGCAGUCGGUCCUGGACGUGGAUGGAAAGACUCAGAGCAUCACUACAAGCAUUUGGUACAGACAGGUCUGGACAGAUGAGUUUCUUGUUUGGGAUCCGGAGGAGUUUGAUGGAAUCAACGAGAUCUCGCUGUCGUCCGACGCCAUCUGGAUUCCUGAUGUUAUCGUUAGCGAAUUCGUGGAAGAAGGUAAAUCCCCCCCGAUCCCCUACGUCUACGUCAACUCCUCUGGCUCGGUGAAGAACUACCGGCCCAUCCAGGCGGUGCUGGCCUGCAGCUUGGAGAUGUACGCCUUCCCCUUCGACAAGCAGAACUGCAGCCUCACCUUCCGCAGCUGGCUUCACUCGGUGAAAGAAAUCGACCUGGCUCUGUGGAGGAGUGCUGAGGCCAUCGCCAACGAUAAGAGAGAGUUCAUGAACGAUGGAGAAUGGGAGCUGCUGUCUAUUCCUUCUCAGUACCGGCAGAUCCGCCAGGAUGACACCGACUACGCCCACAUCCAGUUCAACGUGUUGAUCCGCCGGCGCCCCCUGCUGUAUGUGGUGGGUCUCCUCAUCCCCAGCAUCUUCCUCAUGCUGGUGGAUGUGAUCAGCUUCUACCUGCCUCUGAACAGCGGGACACGCAUCGCCUUUAAGAUCAGCAUCCUGCUGGGCUACACCGUCUUCAGAGUCAACAUGAUGGACGAACUUCCUGUUACCGCCGUCAGAACUCCACUCAUUGGUGUGUUCUUCGCUGCGUGCAUGGCCCUGCUGAUGCUCAGCCUCAUCAAGUCCAUCCUGGUGGUGAAGCUGCUUCAUCACAGUGAGAAGGAGGUCAGGCAGAUGUCGGUGUCGGCCUGCCUGCUGGACAAGUACGGCUCGGCUGCUCACGACUUCAGCGACAGCGUUUUAACCUCCAUCAGGACCCUGGACCACAUCAACCCGACCACAGAUUACGAGCUGGAAAACUCACCGGAAGACGAUCUGCUGUCGCUGAACGAGCUCCAGGACGCUCCCUCUGGACUGGAGUGGCUCCUCGGAGAGCUUUCUUCCCUCCGCCAGGCUUUAUCCCAGGAAGACGGCGAGUGUUCUGCUCAGGCCGAGUGGCUGGCCCUCUGCUCCAGGCUGGACUGCCUGCUGUUCCGCCUCUACCUGCUGGUUCUGGUCGUCUACGCCGGAACUCUGCUGCUGCUCUGGACCAGCUGGAGCUUCGCCUGA